AUGGAUCCUCAUUCUGAGCUUCGUGGGGCUGUGGCUCUGAUGUGCAUUACCUGCUCACAGGCAUGUGAGAGAAAGAAUGGUCGUUGGGUAUGCGUCAACUGUAACCUUGCCUACAAGUAUGACGAAGGAGAUUUCGAAAUAGUGUCCCAGGACAGUCCCACUACCUAUGGUAAUGGGGUAGUCUUCCGGCCUCUUUCAGGAGCACAAGUGCAAGGCCAUCAAUCUCCCUCUCCAUGUUUCCCAAAGACGGCAGACAAACAUGAGAACCACAAAGACUGGACUUUCCCAGAUGUAGUCGAACAGGACAGCCCGUCGAGUCAUGACCAGACCAGGGAUGGCUCUGUGCCUACACUCUCUCAAGUGUAUGCCUUCCAGGGAAGCUGUGACAGCGUUGACCACGGAUGGCGGGUUGUCGAUAAUGGCCCAGGCCAGGAGAGCGGUGGUCCAAACGAGUCCUAUGAGCCGAUGGACCUCGACACCGAUGAUGAGGAACCUAAUGACGAAGCGUUUCGCUCUUGGAUCGAUAAAACAACUGGACCGGGACUGAGCGGGAGACAAAGAGACAUUAACCACGUCUUGGAUCGAGUCGCCUCUCUUGGUCUGGACCUCGACACUUCUUCGAUCGCACUCCAAGACGACAUGAUGCUCGAAAUUUCCGAUGACACAGAUAUGGAGGAGUGA